UGCUGUAACUAUUCACUGCUUUGGAAGUACAAGUAAGGAAAGUUUCCUGAAGUAAAUCAGUGGUAUGGAGGUUGUGCGUGGCUUCGCUCAUGGCAAGCUUGUCGACUGAGCUCCCUUUGAAGGUCGAGGAUGAAAGAGAAUCGAGCGAGGCCAUUCCUUUGUCCUCAGAUAGUAGUGUAUGUGAGCUUGUGGAUAUACUUCGCUGUGCACCUCAUGUAGUAGUGUACACUGGAGCGGGAAUAAGCACGGCAGCUGCUAUUCCUGAUUACAGAGGUCCCAAUGGUGUGUAUACCCUUGCAGCCAAGGGCCAAGCAGUCAGCCCGUGUGACUUGACAGCUGCUAACCCGACUCUCACACACAUGGUGCUUGUUGCUCUGCUGAAGACGGGUAGGGUGAAGCACAUUGUCUCACAGAACUGUGAUGGCUUGCAUCGCAGGAGUGGUGUGGUACAGGAGCAAAUAUCUGAGAUCCAUGGCAACAUGUAUAUAGAGGUAUGCAAGCAGUGCUCGCCACCAACGCAAUAUAUUCGUGAAUGCGACGUGACUGGGAAAACAGCACGUCACCGGCAUGCCACUGGUCGUGCAUGCAGUGCCUGCUACGGUCCUCUACAUGACACUAUCGUACUACCCGGCGAGAGGGGAUCCUUGGCUUGGCCACUGAACUGGGCCGCUGCACUGGAACAUGCUCACAGUGCAUCGCAUAUUCUUGUACUGGGUUCAAGCCUGAAGGUUCUACGGCAUUACAAAGACCUGUGGAUGAUGGCCCGUGCCAAGGAGAAGCGCCCAAAGGUCCUCAUUAUCAACCAGCAGGCUACUUCCAAGGACAAACAGGCAAUGUUUCGAAUCGAGAGAUCAUGUGAUGAAGUAAUGGGUCACAUUGCACUGCAACUGGCACUGAAUGUACCUCACUAUGACAGAAUAGCCGAUCCUUUCUUCAACGCAGCAAUAGACAUCCUUGGGCCGAAUAUAACGACCAUCAAGCCAGCUAUCUCUUGUGAAACUUGCACAGGACUGUGUACUUGCGCAACCAGUCACUCAACACCAGCUACCAGUGUUGUUAAACAGCCACCACGCAAUUGGUAUUCAACGGCAGCGAACAAGCGGUCUUAUGCUGCGAGAACCUUCGGCAAACGGCGUCGUAAGUCAAAGCGUUCAGCACCUUAGCGCAGAGGUGCAGCUGGCAAUGUUUCGUGAACUCUAUAUUGCACGCACGCGCGCGCGCACACACACACACGCGCGCGCACGCACGCACGCACACACACACACACACACACAAGUCAAGUGUCGGUCAGUCGGCAAGAAAAUCGAGCUCCAACGUUAGGAGUAGCCACCUUCUCCUAUAUCAAUAUUUCUACUCUUUUCAGCUUGGGCUGAUGGGCUUUUUUAGUUCAUGCUGGGCAGUGGAUUUGGUAGUGCAGAGUGUGGACAAUGUCCUGCCAGCAGUUAUUUAGUUGCUGCGUUGCUGAUUCUUGCUUGAAAUAGGAGUACAGUGUUUUCCGUUUAUCGUUAUAACAUUAGCAGUGCAAGUCGGUGGUAUAUUCUGCAACUGCAGAACUCGCAUUCUGUGUACGAUAUGUUUUAUUUGUGUGAGUGGCACGCAUAGAUGGUGAUUGUAUCGGCUACUGCAUUUUAUAAUUUCUUGGGUUUAGCGUGACGCUUUGUCGCGUUACGUCGUUUUUGUCUCAAAGACACCAAGAAGUGACUGUUUCAAGGUUUAGGAAAUACA